GUUCUUGUUGGCAUUCCGGCGGCUUUGCUCAGAGUAACUCACUGCUUAGAGUUCAGAUACUCUCAUACAAUGUUUGCUUCUGUCAUAUUAGGAACAGCGCUGCAGAAAGCGAUAGACGCCUUUUUCUAUUAGGUUUUCGUAUGUAUACUUGCUGAUAUCCAGGACGGCGUUGAGAGGGUCGCCAUUCGCAUAGGAGCCCCUCGUUCCCGCUAUUUUGGCCGGCUGUACCCGGAGUAGUAGUAUCGUCGGAGAGGCGUCCGCCUGCGCGUUCCCAAAUGGACGAAAGGCCUCAGAAACGCCCAAAUCCGGACAGCUCUCUAUAUGAAGCACCAGCAAAGAGGCAAGCCACUGGCGCGCAUUAUGGCGCUGGGAGCCAGGUCCGUCCAUUCUCUUGCUGCCAGGGAACUGCUUCAGCAUUUGAGGACUUUGCUCGCAAGACGCACUCUCCAGAUAAGGAACAGGCAAACGAUGAACCUAGGCCUAGAAUGCCGAAGCUUCGGCACAAGCUGUCAGAGCCGACUGACGAGCAGGACUCAGACCAGGACCAGAGCAGCUACGGAGAUGGAGAGGACGAUGCUGAGGAUGAGCCACAAAGCACCUCGGAACAUCAUACACCAUCCAGGAGCGCCAAGCGAAAAGCAGGCAGGGGCGCAGGUUCCCCAGGAAGCCUUACAUCAGGGUGCCGCCACGACUGCUCGCUAGGGAUGCUUACAAAAAAGUUCUUAACCCUCAUAGAUGACGCGGCUGACGGGAUUCUGGACCUGAAUAAAGCUGCGGAAACACUCAAGGUCCAAAAGCGGCGCAUCUACGACAUCACCAACGUGCUGGAGGGCGUGGGGCUAAUUGAGAAGAAGUCCAAGAACAACAUCCGCUGGCGGGGCGCCUCGGCGGCUGCGGACCGCGAGACGGAGCCGGAGAGCAACCGGCUGCGACAGGACAUGAAGUCGCUGGAGGACCAGGAGCGCUCCCUGGAUGACCACAUCCGCUACAUGACCACCGCCAUACAGUCGCUGUCGGACAACCCGCUCAACAAGCCGCGUCUGUACGUCACCGAUGAGGACGUCACCAGCCUGCCCUGCUUUGCGAACGAUACCAUCUUUGCGGUUAAGGCGCCGCCGGGGACCACCCUGGAGGUACCCGACCCGCGGGAGGCGGCCGACCCACGGGACGGCGGGCAAAUGCGGUACCGCAUCAUCCUGCGCAGCACCAAGGGCCCCAUCGACGUCUACCUGGUGCAGCACACCAACAACGGCGGCACCACCAGUCAGCAGGCGGCGGCGCCUACUGCCUCCGCAGAGCCCGCAGGCAGCACCGUGGGGACCGCAGGGAUCGGCUCCACUGCGGCGGCCGCAGUAACGGCGGGCGGGGGGACCACGUGCGGCGGGUCCGCGGCAGGCGCCAGCGGCAUGGCGGCGGCGGGCGGGGUGCCCUCGGCUCCGCCGACGGUCGUGAAGCCCGAGCCGUCUGGGGCAUCUGGGCAGCACGGGGGCAACUCCCCCGCUUACCCCUUCCAGGCGCUGCAUCAUGCAGGGAGUGCCCUGCCCACCACCACCGGCCCUGUGGCUGCAGGGGCCGCGGCUGCUGCCAACCACAGCACCUUCAACAACGGCGCGAGUUCCUUUUUCAACAGCGCCUACAACUCCCCCACUGCUGCGCAAGCAGGCGGCGACCCGCUCUCCAUGCCUCCUCUUCCAGGUACGGCGACAGCAGCGGGUGCAGCAGCAGGCGGAGCUGGGCCUCUCGGGGCCGGUGUGGGGCACUCGCCAGGUCUGCCGGGUCGGUUGAGUUCCGAAGUGGAUGCGGUGGCCUGGUACGACGAGAGCGCGCAGGAGCCGCCACUACUGGGGUUCUAUUCGUACGACCAGGACGAGAACUUCUUCGCGACGGGUCUUGGCGGGGACCCGCUGGGGGGCGCUGGCGGUGCGUACGGCUCGUAAGAAGUGUGGAUGGGUGGUUGGGCAGAUUCAUUAUGGGGAAUGGGAUUAUGUGGAGCGGCGCAAGGGUUUGCAAGGGUAGAGUUGGUGGCGGUGGUGGUAGGUGGUGGCUUACCCCUGUUUUUAUGUGCUGCUUGCCAGGUUGACAUGGAGGUAAGGCGUGGAAUGAUGGCAGAGGGUUACGGUGAUAGUGGCGGUGGCGAAGCAUGCUCGGAUCAUGCAUGUCGAAAGCGCGGCGGCUGCAGUCUUGCUGUUAGGAACCUUUAGGAAGACAGGAGCUUGUUUUGCUGUCGUCACACCGGUUCUUUGUUGUAGCACAUACGGUACUGAUAGGCGUCCUGACAGUUUAAAGCUACAGGCAGUGCGGCAAUAGCUGUGUAGCACGAAUUGCAAUGAGGUGUAGGUGGGUUGUCUGUUGCAGGUUCACUUUGAUUUAUAGUUCCGCUGUUGCUCAAGUGAGAAGUGGGCACGACGUGAUGGUAGCGGUGUGCAAGGCGGAGAUGUGGACAGGUGCGGGCACGUCCGAAAUUUGGUACGGUACGGCGUUACAGGCAGCAAUUGGCUGUCCUCCGCUGUUAGAGCCCGCAUGCACUGAGCGGUGUCAACAACGGCUGCUUACACGAAAACGCGAUGUGGGUGUACCAAGAUAAUGAUAGUUUCCCUAGGUCAGGGGCUGUUCAAGUUGUAGCUUGGUGCGUUUGUAGCUCCGGUGAUGGCUGUUCGUUGUCAGGCGUGCGGCAUGAGGUCUGGGUGGAGUUUGGCGAUAGGCACAUGCGUCUUUGAGAGUAUCCAAUUUGGCAGGGCAGGGAUGCAGUAGUUAAACCGUUAGAGGUUGCCGCUGAGACAAACCGAAUAGGCAUGCUAUAUGGAUGGGCGGAGGAGCACUGCUGCAGCUCUUUGCAAAAAGUUUCCCUUCCUCGCCGGAUACGUGGCAUCGCCGCAUACAUGGUUGACCCUUCGUUGCCGCACUAUAACGUGUGCAUUAACGUCGUCUGUUCAGGGUGCUAGCAUAAUGUGCGUAGCAUGGCGUGUGUGUUUAUCUGGACUGUGUAGAUGUCUCCGUCGUAACAGAGACGUUGUACGAGUAGAGUAGAGAGCCAUGGCCAGGUUAAAUGUCAUGUCUGCGUUAAGGGUCUGGCAGGGGUUUUGCCCGGGCUUCACUGUUUCGCUGCUGAAGCUGACGCCAUCGCACGGAGGUACGGACCACUGUGGGUAUUUGGUUGUGCUUGAUGCGCUGUAGAGUUGUACCUCUCAAUCAAGCUGGAAGCAGCAAAUCUGGGCCAUCCUUGCAUGCACGUAAUAGCAAAUAGACGGCGCUUCGUAUGUCAGUGACAGAUGGAUGACAGGGGAUGACAGCCCGCAACGUAACAAUAAUUGGUAGAGAC